CUGCAAUCUAUUCAUUGGACCAUGCUCUCAUACAAUCCGAAUCCGGAUCUCUGAACCGGCUGGUCUUGAUGUUCUCAUUUUGUGGCGGGUUGAACUGGUUGGGGGCGGCAAAACAGAUUCAGUUCAUUAAGAAACUUCUCUCUUCACUACAAGAGUAUGAAGGCCCAGCCAAACACACCCCUUCUACCCCCUGGAUCACUUAUGAUUCAGUCUGGACAAGGUAUAUCUCAACAAGUGGGCCCUGCUCCAGGCAUUCCACCUGGGCAAGCAGCUUCAGUGCCUCAUCAGAAUUUGCAAGUUUGGACACCCGGACCCGGUGGGGCAAUCAGUGUUUCAGGCAUAGGUGCUCCUCGAUGCCAUCCUAAUAUAGUCACAUUUCCGUCUGGCCAAGCAAUUUUAAUGGCAAGCCUAGUCACCACAGCCAGUAACCAGGUGGUCCCACUACCUGUAUCAUCUCCACUCCCAAAACCGCCUAUGCAGACGUCACAAGUCGGUAGCCCGAUUAUCCUAUCAACUCCGACCCCUCCGCCCCUCUCUACUCCAUUGCCGACGCACCAUUUGGCGAGUUCGAAUGUUGCGAUGAUUCGUGGAGUAAGCGGACCAAUUUCGGUCGCUUUACCAACUGGUAUGCUUCCGAAUUCGCCGGCUAGCGUUGCACCCGUCGCAGUCCCCAAUUCCUACGCUAGUACAGUUCCUUUGCCCACACAGUCCGAUCCAACCACUCAGUUCUUAGAGCAGUCUCCUAUGGGCCACUCCAGUUUUAACAAUAAUAAUCUGCAAUCUUUGCUCCCUGGCACGCCAGUCAUUUGUGAUCAAUCAACUAUGGGAAUGCUCAGUGUAAGUCCGCACUCAGAUACCAACACUAUUCAACCACCAGCCCCGCUCGUUUCCAAUUACGUUCCUUCUCAACAACAGCAACCGCGAUCCUUUCUGUCGGAACUGACUUCGGACGUUCCCGGAUCCAAUGGUGGCAGUGGAAUCACCGUUUUCAGUUCGGAUGGUACACAGCCAAUCACUAACUUCGGCGAGUUUUCGCAUCCAAAGGCCGAUGGCAUCCACUCAGCGAACGCGACUGUGACCGUGCAACAGAAUACAGAUAAUCAUAUGUCCGGUGACCCCACGCCUACUACACUUUUCCGCAGUCAGUCUGAGGUGGCUUCGGAGACCCACCCUACAACGACAGCCACCUUCCCCGUGGACGACAAACCCGGUACACACUCUACAGGAGAGGACACGGUCACAUGUGGGCUAUCUGUGUUUACUCCACUUUCUUUAGCUCAUAUGUUGAAAGAUUUGGACCCCCAACUGCAGCUUGAUCCAGAAGCGAAGGAGGUUCUGGUCAAUUUGGCUAAUGAGUUCGUGACAUCUGUUGCAUCCAAGGCACAGAAACUUGCCAAUCAUCGAUCAUCCUCUGUUGUGGAAGCGAAGGAUGUCCACUUCUGUUUAGAUCACGAAUGGGAUAUCCAUAUUCCCGGUUACAUGCCAGAGGACUGUUCUUCGAAGCAGUCAGCAAUGUCUGAAGCCCACAAACAGCGCCUUGCGUUGAUCAAAAAACACAUCAAGAAGAUGUGAUAAGCCUAACGGUUUUUUAUCCAUGUAUGAUCACUGUACAGGCUGAAAUACAUGUUUUCUUUAAUCGCAAUCAUUUUUUGCGCAACUCGUUCGAUGUCAAUGAAUGUAGCAAAGGUAUAAGGCGCAGAGUACCCCGUGCUCAGUUGCUGGAAGCUAGAGACCAAGGUCACCACUCGGUGCAGUGAAUUUUGUCUUCUCUAAGGCUUGCCGUCUGUGAUUACUUAUACGAUUCCCCACGACGACGACCACUACUAAAGCGGCUUCGAAGGAUGAAAGAAUGGGCUUACAAGUGCAAGAAUGCUAUCCGUGUCAAAAGCCUAACCAUAGCAAUUAAAUCUGAGAUAAAAAGGCUAAGCAGUUCUAGGCAACCGUAACUGUCGCGAUCUAUGGAGGCUUCUGAGGCAGCUCUGUUGUGCGUUUGAAGCCAGAGCAGUGAAGUGGAUGUGGAUAAACUGCAUUCUGAGUUUAGUUCCGCCUCAUCAAGCUCACCUUGCC